AUGCCCGGGCCUGCCGUCCCUCCCAGGACCGGCCCCGACACCACCCCCAGUCGCCCAUUGCCCCCCAGAUCCUCACCGCCGUCACCCACCGCCGCUACGGCCAACGGUCCCACAGCCACCCCAAACCGGCAUAAUGCUGGGUGCCCCGGCGGGGGUCCUAAAAGCACCCCCGGGGCAUGGAGGCGGCGCCCGCAUCAACUACUUGCCGGCCCACCCACCAAGAUGUCGACCAGACACCUCUCUUAUAGAUCCACCGACCUAUUCUCGACGGAAAUUCCCACGGCAAACCCAAACGUGGCGUUUUUACCCUCGGGGCCACCCUCUUUACUAUGGGAAAUGCCAAUUUACAUACAAAGCCAUAAGGCUGUUCCCAUACAAAACAUCGGCGCAAGUGUCACCAAAAAAGUGAUCCGUGAAAAGUUCAACUCCGCAGCCACCAACUGUCCGUCAGGCCAGGCUCGCCAAAAAUCUCACGUCCGCGCGCCACCAACUGGUCAGACUCUCGGCCCAAACCGGUGA